GGGACUGCAUGGGGUUCCCGCUCAACCUUCUCUCGCUUCAGACAGCCAGUUACUGCGACAGACUCAGUCACUACUCCUUGGUGUCGGAGGAAGGUUGUAGGGGCUCUCUCUCUCCUCCUGCCGCGUGCUCCUACGUCACACCGGCCCCGAUGGCGGCAGUAAUUAGAUAGCGUAAUCGGUUCAGUGAACUCAAAAUCCAAAAUUACGGUGAGACAAGAGAUGAGCUGGACAGAGGCAUUAGUAAAUCAGUGAUUCAAAAUUACCUCAACUCCAAAAUGCCAGGCCUGUCUUUCCGAAAAAUUGGUGGAAGAGAGGACAGUGCACACUAUUUGGAAGCGACUCACGAUGGAUAUUGGUGUAGGAGGAACAGAGGAUAGUUGUGAACUGAAAAUUGCAAAAAGGUUCUGUAUGAAAGUAAGAGAAAUAUGGGCUUGAUCAUAGAAAAACAAAGGAGCGAGGAAGGGGAGGACCAGGAUGACGCGGAUAAGGAAGAGCAGGAUGAUGACGAUAGGGACGCGAAGAAAGAUGGCAGAAAGAAACGACGGAAAAAAGAGAAAUCUCGAGAGACAGCAAAGUCGGACGAAGGAGGCACUCCCGUCGAGGUUCAGGCGGAGUAUGAAGACCCGAAGGGGAGAAAAAGCCAGCGAGGAAAAUCAAAACUUCUGAAAGACUAUUGGAAAACAUGCCCUCGGGAAGGGGGCUCCUCACUCCCAAAGGGAGAGCGUCACCCCACUGAAGAAAGGGGUGAAGACGCAAGGACGCAAAGAGGGACAGACGCAGCCAGUGACUUAGAUGGGAAACGAAACUCGAAAAAAAUUGUCGAGAAGGAGGCGAAAAAUUCUGAAAAAUCGAAGAACUGUAAUAAAUGUGGUAUAUCCUGUUGCCUGAAAGUAAACGAAGACUCGGAUGAUAUCAGAGACGAGAAAGGAGCUGAUAAAGGCGAAGAGAAAGAAAUGGUGGUAGAAACACUUUCACCAGAUGAAAGUCAUUCCAGUGAUAAUGAGGCCCAUCUGGGAGACGGAAGUACCAUGGAAACCGAGACUAAAUCAAAUGAGGACCAAAAUCACCGCCGCCACCCGGCCAUAAAAGGAUCCAGGAGGAUACCCGAAUUUCCAGGCGGCAGCCCGUUUAGCAUCCGGAGAUACCAUGAGAAAAAGAGCCGUUAUCUGUCAUCCAGACCUACCUCCCUGGAAACAAUAAUAGAAGAUGUGACUCCUUCACCUUUCUUCUUUCAGGAUUCUAUUAUCCAAUAUUCUGACGGGAGAGAAGACCACCGCGGUAUCAGAGAGCGCGCGAAUCUUUUCCAGGUCAGACCAGAAGAAGAAAGCGAUGACAGGAAGGGAGAAGUCGGUUAUUUUGAGAAGAAUGACUUCGGCAGGUGGGAGGACAGUUCAGAAGAGGAUAUUCAGGAGGAAGACAUGAAUACUCUUCCACUCAGAAGCUCGAGAAUAUUUCGAGGCGUCAUAGAGAAUUUGAAUUACAUCUUUGACAAUGAUGGUGGAGGCGAUGACACAUUCUCUGCUGAUGCGACGAAUUUCUUGUUCCAGGAAUUAUACGAAGAAUGCACUUUAGGUAAAAGAGGUAGCUUCAGUUCUUCAAGUAGUUCCAAAUGCGAUUAUGGGACGGAGGAACGCUUAAGAGACAUUUCUGAGAAAGAAGAGGAGGAGGAGGAGGAGGAGGAUGCAUGUAGUGCUGACAAUGGAGGAGCGUCAAAACGUUCACAUUCAGGCCCUGCUGCUGCACAUCUUCAGUCACUUACGGAAGCAUUCAUCCAAAAUCAUCCUUUUCAGAACCAACUGCAAGGGAAAAAGGACAUCGAAUAUCCAGUUAGUUUGCCUGAAAUAAAUCAGCGUCACCGAAAUUCCUUUUCUUCCUCCGAAGAAUCGAAGGGAAAUCUCUCUCUCUCCGAACCUGGUUGUGAACGGCCUCAGGUGGCGAUGGCAGAGGAAUGGGGGAGCGGGGGCGGCGGGGGAGGUGGAAGAAAGCCUGAGGAGAUUCUAUUUCCUAAAGGACAUGUCUGGCGGAAGUGA